GGGUUUCCUCCCUAGCCGCAGCCGGGUCGCUUCUCCAAGGUAAGGAAGGUUUUCGCCCAUGGCGCCGUCGCAGCCGAAGUCGGGCCUCUUCGUGGGCAUCAACAAGGGCCACGUCGUCACCAAGCGCGAGCUGCCGCCUCGCCCGUCCGACCGGAAGGGGAAAGCCACCAAGAGGGUGACUUUUGUCAGGAACUUGAUCAGGGAGGUUGCUGGAUUUGCUCCUUAUGAGAAGCGUAUUACUGAGCUUCUCAAAGUUGGCAAGGACAAGCGUGCACUGAAGGUGGCAAAGAGAAAGCUUGGCACUCACAAGAGGGCCAAGAAGAAGAGAGAGGAGAUGGCUGGUGUCCUCAGGAAGAUGAGGUCUGGCGGUGGUCACGCUCACACCGACAAGAAGAAAUAGAGCAUCUGAAGUUCAUGAAGUCGAUGGCAAUAUUGUCUUGUUGAGUUUACCGUUUCUUGUAGAACCCUACUAGGCUUGCACUCUAUCAGCCAUCAAAAACUAUUGUGUUAGUUAAUGUGUGAAACAACCUGUCUUGUGUGUUUUUGAUCCUGUUUCAAUGAAUGUUGCCACCUUCAUAAAUUUGCUUU